UUAACUGAGCAGCACUCACAGACCGGGACACAGCGGCUCCGCUGCUGGACACUUUGUCUGCACUAACGGUCGACUGACGGUCCUUCUCCUACUUUUUAACCUCGUUUUUUUUUUUUUACAACACCUCUUAAGUCAGUCAGUCUUCAUCCAAAUGACCGUGACUCAAGACCGACCGUUGACCUAUGCCAAAAUGAGGAGGCUUGUGUCAUUUUUCUCCGACCUGCUCAAGGGGAAGAAAGUUGGCUUCAGUGACUUCUUAAACAAAUUUGUUUCCAGUCAACAUCUCUGCCAACACCUGGACCCUCAGAAAAUCCUGCAGCGACAGAGCAAGCUGAGAAGAGAGAAGGAGGAGAGAGGCACAGCGAGCUCUGUGAACACAGAAACCUCACAGAUGAAACCGGCAGAUUUUGACUACCUCAAAGUGAUCGGCAAAGGAAGCUUUGGAAAGGUGCUGCUGGCAAGACACAGACAAUAUGGAGGUUACUACGCUGUGAAAGUACUGCAGAAACAGAUGAUCGUCAAGAGGAAAGAGCAGAGACAUGUGAUGGUUGAGAGGAGUGUACUGCUGAAGGGACUACAACAUCCAUUCCUGGUGGGGCUCCACUUCUCUUUCCAGACCCCGAACACCCUCUACUUCGUCCUGGACUAUGUUAAUGGAGGCGAGCUUUUCUACCACCUUCAGAGGGAGGGGUCAUUUCCUGAACCCAGGGCUGCUUUCUACGCUGCAGAAAUGGCCAUGGCGCUGGGCUACCUCCACUCUCUUGACAUUGUUUACAGAGACCUCAAACCAGAGAACAUCCUGUUGGACAGUGAGGGUCACGUGAUGCUGACAGACUUUGGGCUCUGUAAAGAAGGGGUGGCCUUAGGUGGGAUCAUGCAUACAUUCUGUGGAACUCCAGAAUACCUCGCUCCAGAGGUGCUACAAGGCCAAUCAUACAGUCCAGCAGUGGACUGGUGGGGCCUUGGCACUGUGCUCUUUGAGAUGAUCUAUGGACUGCCUCCAUUCUAUAACCGUAGCAAAGCAGAGAUGUUUGAGAACAUACUUCACGCGCCACUUCAGCUGGGUAGUGGAGCAUCUCAAGCUGCCCGCUCACUGUUAGAAGGAUUGCUAGAAAGAGACGUCACCAAGCGCUUAGGAGGCAGCUAUGACCUUGUGGAGCUGCAGGAACAUCCCUUCUUUGCAUCGAUCAACUGGGAUGACCUCCUGGCCAGAAAAGUCAGACCGCCGUUCAUCCCAAAAGUGACUGGUCCCUGUGAUGUCAGCUACAUCGACCCAGAGUUCACACAGCAACCCGUCCCCACCUCUGUGAAUGAGAGGUGUCAGCCGGGCGCGACCUGUGAGGCCUUCCCUGGAUUCUCCUUCGUGAACCCAGUGGAGUACGUGACAGUUUCAUAAUGAUGCCAAAUCCUCUGGGAUAGCAUGUUGGUUAAAAUGUUUAUUUUUUUAUGUCAUAAAUUAUUGAAUCAAAGUUAUUUUUAAACACUGUGCACUACACUGCACUGUAUGUUUCAUCGGUUAUAAAUGAUCAUAUAUUUUUACAUUUUACUGUUCAUAAUGUGAAAUAGGCUGGUCACUAUUUCACAAGGCUACGGAUGAAAAAAUAAACACAAUCUGAAACA